UUUAAGUAUAGUUUUAAUCGUUUUUAAAUUUUGGUUCCUUGACGAGUCAACGGGCCCACGCUGGAGGUGGUAAUGGAAGAACACAGUUGGUCUUGCCAGGACAGUAAGAUGGAAAGCCCAAAUGAAGCUGCGCUCUUGGCCCUAAUGGAGAAGACAGGAUACAGUAUGGUUCAGGAAAAUGGACAAAGAAAAUUUGGUGGCCCACCACCAGGCUGGGAAGGUCCCCCUCCACCAAGAGGCUGUGAGGUGUUUGUGGGGAAAAUUCCCCGGGAUAUGUAUGAGGAUGAGCUGGUGCCUGUGUUUGAACGUGCAGGCCGCAUCUAUGAGUUCCGUUUGAUGAUGGAGUUUAGUGGGGAAAAUCGUGGCUAUGCUUUUGUCAUGUAUACCACUCGAGAAUCUGCACAGCGGGCCAUCCAUCUUCUUGACAACUAUGAGAUCCGUCCAGGGAAGUUUAUAGGAGUAUGCGUGAGUCUAGACAACUGUCGGCUCUUUAUCGGCUCCAUCCCAAAAGACAGGAAGAAAGAGGAGAUACAAGAGGAGAUGAUAAAAGUGACUGAUGGGGUGGUGGAUGUCAUUGUGUACCCCAGUGCCACAGACAAAAGUAAGAACCGUGGUUUUGCCUUUGUGGAGUAUGAAUCGCACAAAGCUGCUGCCAUGGCCCGCAGAAAACUCAUACCAGGAACGUUCCAGUUGUGGGGGCAUACUAUUCAGGUUGACUGGGCUGAACCAGAGAAGGAUGUAGAUGAAGAGACAAUGCAGCGUGUACGGGUGCUGUAUGUACGCAAUCUUAUGUUGCACACCACAGAGGAGACGCUUCGGUCUGAAUUCUCUCGUUUAAAGCCUGGCUCUGUGGAGCGUGUUAAGAAGUUGACAGACUAUGCCUUUAUCCACUUCCACAACCGUGAAGACGCACUUGCUGCACAACAGUCCAUGAACGGCAAACUUAUUGAUGGCUCGCCCAUUGAAGUUACUCUGGCUAAGCCAAUCAGCAAAGAUGGGAGUCGAAGAUUUGGAACACGGGCCAGCCAUAAUGGAAUGGCAGGGGGGCUGUAUGGUGACUCCAACUUUCUUUUACAGAGCAAAGAUGACUCUGGUAUCAGCUUGGGUACGGGGAUUAUGAGUGAAGGGUUAUGUUCACGUCCCCUUAGCUUACCACCUCGCUGGAGCAAUCCGUAUGCUGUGGACUUGGAACGCUGUGUGUAUCCGUUCCUGCCAGGAUCCACUCUGGUACCAGUUAGUCUGCAGACUCUCAAACCCAGCCAGCUGAGCUCUGCUGUGUCAUUGCUGGAAUAUUACUGCCACAAGAAUGGAUGGUCACUGCCAGAGUAUUACCUUUACUCCGCAGCAGGGCACGAAGGAAAAACACUGCUCAUUUAUAAAGUUGUAAUCAGCAGCACCAGAAGCAGCUAUAUGCCUGAUAAAGUUUGUUCCAUUUUGGAGGAUGCCAAGGAACUUGCUGCUCAGAACACACUUUGGAACCUUGAUUCAUCAUUCCAGGGUCCUGGUUUGGCUGGGAAUUUUACUCCCCCUGCAUCACCUGGUUUGCUGUCAUUUCCAUGUCGAUCUCUGCCGUAUCCAGGAUACUCCAUGGCGCCCAUCUCACCUCCCCUACCCAUUCCUGGUGCCGGUGGCCAGAGGCUCUACAUUCCAAGCCAGUCAUCCUUCUUCUGAAGCCAUAUUUUUGAAGCAAAGCAGGUUUGGUUAUGCUGUUUUUGUUUUUUUCUUAGAUUUUUUGGGAAUUACUUAGCCUAGCUGAUUUUGAUAGUAGCUAUUUUCAGGUUUAUAUUUUUAAAUUACUAUCUUUUCUAGAUAGUAUUCACAUGUUCUAUUUGAAUAUUAAUGUGCUACAAAAUCUACCUUUUGUGUAUUUAAUCGUAAAACAAGUUAUCUUAUGUCAGAAAGACAUUAGUUUUAGUGUGUCAGUGUUUAAACCUCUGACCGUAGCACGUUAGAACUCCACAGAAGAGGUCACCUAAAGGUUUUUUGUUGUUUUGUUCCUGUCUUCAAGAGACAGUUCUUGGCCCUGCGGUUUGUCCAGGUUUGAUACUCAACCUCUGCAAUGAAAUGCAAGUUUUGCUAAUAAGUCACAAACAAAUUUCCACCAUGUAUCAGUUCUUAAACAAGCCACUUGUGUAACCAUUAUUUUUGAUUGUGCUAU